AUGAACAUCCCAACCGAGUUAAAAUACAUAGCACCCUACAUUCAAAGAAGCCAAGAAUUAACUACUGUGGAUCCUAUUGUGUCAUAUUAUGCUCAAUAUUAUGCUGCUAAAUUAGCCAUUGCUCGUGGCCCUAGGACAAAAGAAACUAAUCUUUUUUUAUCUCUCUUUUCAUUAGAAACACAAAAAGCUACAAUUGCUGAUAAUGAAGAUCGUGCUGGUAAGGCAACCAAAAAUACGGCAAAGACAUUUGUAGCCGCUUCCGUAUUUUUAGAGAUCUUAAAGACAUUCGGUGAUAUUGAUCCUGAGGUUGAUGCUAAAAUUAAAUAUGCAAAAUGGAAAGCAACGGAUAUUAUGAAAGCAUUACGUGAAGUGUCGAGUACCUACACCAGGCCCUCCUGCACCCCUUCCUUCUCUUCUAUCUCUAAUCAUGAACCAUUUCAACCAUCAUCAACAUCAGCCUCAGUACAUCCCCCAGCACCCAUACUCGUUGCUCAACCACAACUUCCUCCUACUGCAACAACUAAUCUUAAUAUUGCUGCAGCACAAAAGAAUGCUAAAUGGGCUAUUAGCGCCUUAGAUUAUGAUGAUAUCCAAACUGCCCGUACACAGUUAUUACAGGCAUUAAAUCAAAUUGGUUUUAAUCAAGAAAAUAAUUUUGGUUAUUAA